AUGGCAGUGAACUCAAUUCAUAUGUUUGGAAGAAAACACUGCAACAUUGUUAGAUUUCCCAGAGAAAUAGCAAGGACCAGAGCAACCCUUGAUGAUGUUGAAACCGACCAACUUUCCUCAACACCCAUUGUUGAGAAUGAGAAAGCCAAAAAGGACGUAGAGGAAAGUGUGAAAGUGUUAAAAGAUGCUGCCAAGACACGAACGGUUGCAGCAGAGGAGAUUCUUUCUGCACUUUCUAUCAUUGAGAAAGCAAAAAUUGAUCCUUCUGGGUUUUUUGAAACCCUUGGUGGAAAUAAAUCUCCUGGGAGGACCUGGAUGUUGAUUUUUACUGCUGAGAAAAAAUUAAAAGGUGGUCGAUAUUUUCCUCUCACAGCUGUUCAGAGAUUUGAUGCUUCUGCAAAGAGGAUCGAAAAUGGAGUAUAUCUUGGACCCAUUGGACAGUUAACAUUUGAAGGCAGACUUUCAUGGAAAAAGAGAAUUCUGGCUUUUGUUUUUGAGAACAUUCGAAUAAAAGUUGGACCCUUUCAACCUCUAGAGAUUAGUCUAGGGAAAAAGGAAGACAAGGAACCAAAUACCAAGGAUCCUUUCUUCAUCUGGUUUUAUGUUGAUGAGGAAAUUGCUGUUGCUCGUGGCCGGAGUGGAGGAACUGCAUUCUGGUGUCGCUGUGGUCGUGUCAAUAACUGA